GCCCUUGGAUAGCCGCAUGCAGCUUGAUUUGUAGAACCCACUCAAACACUUGCCAAGAUGCAGACCAUUCGUGCCCUCAACUCGCGUGCGCUGGCUUCGGCCCCUCGUCGCAGCGCUAUCGUUCUGCAGCCUCGCCUCACCGUUCGCGCCAUGGCCUCGAGCGACGGUGUGAAGCUGGACAAGUCCACGCCCGACUCGGUUUGGAAGACCCUGCUGAACGCGGAGGAGUUCCACAUCCUGCGCCAGAAGGGCACGGAGCGCGCCGGCACUGGCAAGUACAACAAGUUUUAUGAGGAGGGCACCUACAAGUGCGCUGGCUGCGGCACUCCCCUCUACAAGUCCGAGACCAAGUUCAACAGCGGCUGCGGCUGGCCCGCGUUCUACGACGAGAUCCCGGGCGCCGUGGACCGCCACGUGGACAACACCUUCGGCAUGCGGCGUGUGGAGAUCACGUGCGCCAACUGCGGCGGCCACCUGGGCCACGUGUUCGAGGGCGAGGGCUUCCCCACCCCCACCGACCAGCGCCACUGCGUCAACAGCGUGAGCAUCAAGUUCGACCCCAAGCCCUAAAGCCUGCGCACUGCUUUUAUUUACUGUUCAUGUUUGCGCGGUGUCGGUGUGUUACGUAUACUGUGAGACCUGGUGUCGUGGACUUUCGGGGCUGGGAUGAGGAGGCACUUUGCUAAGAGCGGAGUGAUGGGAAGCAUCGUCGAGGAUGGGAGCUACGGUGUGCUUGAAUCGUGCUUGAAGUUCACGACAACUGGAAUGAGGGAUGCGCGAAUAGUCGUACGUUCGGAUGUUGAGUGACCUCUGCUCUCCGCAUAGGAGAAGCUUGACGAGGUGAGAUGCCGUUGGCGGAGCGGAAGUUGAACAGGAUCUGAGAGACAGACGUGUAAAGCAUGUCAAGC